UAGGUUUAUUGAAUAAUAUUCACGAGCAGUCGAACAUGUUCGCUGUAAAAACCUGGACUUCGGAAUGGUCGAACAAUUUUCAGGACAACCAAGUACUAUGGUCGUUUCUCGGGUGCAUUCUGGUGUCCGGCAUAUUUAUAUUCUUCUAUUACUACAGACGAAUUCGAGAGAAAGAGCUGGUCGGCGUCGGCGGCACAACAGCAGUAGGAGAACCAGCUAAGCGAUUUAGGAAGCGUGACAAGAUGCUGUUCUACGGUAGACGCAUGCUGAGAAAAGUAAAGUCAAUCUCCAACUCGGGCCAAGGUCGCAAGCGGCGGGCGGUCAUGAGGUUCGCCAGGAAACUGUUGCAGUUGAAGAAGGAAUCUGCGCCUGAACAGCUUAAGGUCCUGGAACCUCCAGCGGAAUACCUAGAAGAGGACUUAACAAGUGACGAUCGGGUCCCCCCUGAUGCUCUGUACAUGCUUCACAGCAUUCGCGUCUUCGGCCACUUCGAGAAACCAGUCUUCCUUAUGCUUUGCAAGCAUACAGAGAUCCUCAACUUGCCUGCGGGAUCAUUUUUGUUUAAAGUUGGCGACACCGACGAGAACGUGUACGUAGUGCAGAAUGGCCGCGUAAAUGUGUACAUCACGAACCAAGACGGCAGCAGUCUCUCGCUGAAGGUGGUGCGCGCUGGAGAGAGCGUCACAUCGCUGCUUAGCUUCACUGACGUGCUCACGGGUAACUCGCAACCUUACAAAACUGUGAAUGCGAAGGCAUUGGAAGACUCACAGGUGAUAAAACUACCCAUGAGAGCCUUCCAGGAGGUCUUCAAGGAAUACCCUGACAUAUUCGUUAGGGUUAUACAGAUCAUUAUGGUGCGACUACAGCGAGUUACCUUCACAGCUCUUCAUCAGUAUCUUGGCCUGAGCGCCGAGUUGGUGAAUCCAGGCCGUGAUAAACGUCGCCCCAACACGGUGAUACUAUCCCCCGGUAAAAAUAAAGGAGGUGUAGACAACAGCACUAGCAGCACGCUAUCUCCGCAUCAUAGCGAAAAUAAACCCACCGUUGAUCAUACGGAAAGUGGACACCAGGUAUCAUCACCCAUCAACAUUCAAGGUCGCCGUCCACGACCGGACAUGGUGCCUGAUAUCACAUCCUCUAACACGCCCCAGCAACAACCGGAUGUUCAGCCAGUUUCCUCUUCGUUGCCGCGAAUCAAAGAGAGCACUUCGUUAAAGAAACAUAAUAAUACUGAAAACAUGGAUGAACAGGCGUUAAUCCAAAUAGCGACUGAAGCGUUCGUCAAGGAGCUAGGGUUAGAAAAUGAUACAUUGCUACAGGGCAAUGUGCAAGUACGAGAUCUGCCUGCUGGCACUUAUAUCAUGAAAGAGGAGAGCCACAAGAUGUGCACUAAAUCGCCUGGUGAGCAUUACAUUAAACAGGACGUAGCUUUGGUGCACCUUCUCUCUGGUGCAUUAUUGGUGUCUCAAAGAGUGGCUGAAGGUGACGGAGAAGUUCACAUGUUUACCGCUUAUCCAGGGGAGGUGGAAGGAGGUCUAGCAGUUUUAACAGGCGAGCCUAGUUUCUUCUCGAUCCGAGCCAAACACUUCUCCCGCAUCGGUCUUCUGUCUAAGACUACAGUCUACAGCAUCAUGAGGGAACGACCUUCGGUUGUGCUGCACAUUGCUAACACUGUUGUGAGGAGGCUGUCGCCUUUUGUCAGACAAGUGGAUUUUGCCUUGGAUUGGGUGUUCCUAGAAUCCGGCCGCGCAGUGUACCGCCAAGACGAAGAAUCAGGGUCCACUUUCAUCGUGCUGAGUGGGCGACUGAGGUCCGUUAUCACACAUCCCAAUGGCAAGAAGGAGUUGGUCGGAGAGUACGGCAAGGGCGACUUGGUCGGCAUUGUUGAGAUGGUGACCCAAACACGUCGCAGCACGACGGUGAUGGCUGUACGAGACUCGGAGCUAGCCAAGUUGCCUGAAGGUCUCUUCAACGCCAUCAAACUGCGCUUCCCCGUCGUCGUGACACGGCUUAUCAACUUGCUGGGACACAGAAUUCUAGGCUCUUGGCAAAAGCCAGCAGCGGCGCUUGGCGCGGCGCCCAUCGAACAGAGACCUGCACAGCACAACUUCUCCACAGUCGCCGUAGUGCCUGUCAGUGACGAUGUACCACUAACUGCGUUUACUUACGAGCUUUAUCACUCCUUAUGUGCCAUCGGUCCCACUGUUCGUCUGACAUCGGACGUGAUUAGAAAGCUGCUCGGUCUGACCAUCAUGGACCCCAAUAACGAAUACCGACUCAGCUCAUGGCUUGCGCAACAGGAAGAUAAACACAAGGUGGCAUUAUACCAGUGUGAUCCGAGCUUAACGCAAUGGACGCAAAGGUGCAUCAGGCAAGCUGACUGCAUUCUCAUCGUCGCGUUAGGAGACAAACCUCCUAGCAUCGGGAAGAUUGAAAAAGAAAUCGAGCGUCUGGCUAUACGUACGCAAAAGGAGCUAGUGCUGUUGCACCGCGAAGGGGGCCCGAAUCCCUCUGGCACUGUUCAUUGGUUGAACAUGCGUACGUGGGUCAGUCAACAUCACCACGUGCGAUGUCCGCAUCGGAUGUUUACACGGAAGAGUCAGUACCGCAUUAGCGAACUAUACAGCAAAGUGUUAAUGUCGGAAGCCAGUGUCCAUUCCGAUUUCUCCCGCCUGGCGCGAUGGUUGACUGGUACGUCGGUGGGGCUUGUAUUGGGCGGAGGGGGGGCGAGAGGCGCUGCCCACGUUGGCAUGAUUAAAGCUAUUCAGGAGGCCGGGAUCCCUAUAGACAUGGUUGGAGGCGUCAGCAUUGGGGCCUUUAUGGGCGCUUUAUGGUGUAUGGAAAGGAACAUCACCACUGUUACUCAGAAAGCGAGAGAAUGGUCACAAAAAAUGACCCAAUGGGGUAGCCAACUUCUCGACCUGACGUACCCAGCAACAUCAAUGUUUUCCGGUCGGCAAUUUAACCAAACGAUAAAGACGACAUUUGGGGAGGUCCACAUUGAGGACCUUUGGCUUCCAUACUUCACUGUCACCACUGACAUCAGCGCUAGUUGCAUGAGAGUGCAUAGACACGGUAUGCUAUGGAGGUAUUGUCGAGCGUCUAUGAGCAUCGCAGGCAUAUUCCCGCCAAUAUGCGAUACGAUCGAUGGACACUUGCUGCUAGAUGGGUGCUAUGUUAACAAUGUGCCAGCUGACGUAAUGAGGUCUCUUGGAGCCAAGCACAUUCUCGCGAUUGAUGUGGGCUCGCAAGACGACACCGACCUCACUAACUAUGGAGAUGACCUGUCAGGAUGGUGGCUGUUGUGGAAACGAUGGAAUCCAUUCACAACACCAGUCAAAGUACCAAACUUGCCCGAUAUUCAGAGCAGACUUGCGUACGUGUCUUGCAAUCGGCAACUAGAGGAAGUAAAGAAAUCUGACUAUUGCGAGUACAUCCGUCCACCGAUAGACGCGUACAAAACCCUUCAGUUUGGUUCGUUCGACGAGAUUCGCGAGGUGGGGUACAGACACGGAGCUGCAUACUUUGAAGGGCAGCGGCGCGGCGGCGGCGGCGGUGUCAGCGGUGCAGCGGCGGAGGGGAAGAAACCUGACGCCCAACCAUCGCUUACUGACUACACGUUCACCGACCUGGCCCAAAUGGUGUGUUCAGUGCGCACAGGACGCGACGGAGAGUUGGACUCGGCGUCCUCGUCGGACUAUGAAGAGGACCAGAGGCACUUCGAAGGGUAUGCCUCUGAGCCUAGCGCUGGGAUAUUGGAGAAAUCAUCAAGCUUAGAAGAAGGUGCGGCGUGGAUAUCUGACACAGAACUGGAAGGACUACGCACUCGUCGAGUAGGCGGUUCGCUCUCACUAUCGGAAGACGAGAUCGACAGCGAAGCUGAAGUAUACGACCCGCUCAAUAAACGUAAAACAAACGUGAGGGCUGAAUCGCUCAGGUGAGACCCGACCUUGCACGACCUGUGCAAGGCGCUCUUCGAAUACGUAGUGUACGGCGAUAAGGAUUACUUGGACUAAGUGUCAAAUAGUACAGAUAAUUUGGACUGAGUAUUGAAACUUCUGUGUAGUGGUAAAAGUAAUUUGGAGUCCAUGAUAAAUUUUCUUGAACUAAGUUUUAAAAUGUGGACUAAGUUGGGAAGGAUAGAAAUAAAUUGGACUGAGUUUCUUCUGUAUAGUUAAUUCUAGUGCCUAGUUUAUUAUGGUGUAAGGAGCCUUAGUUUAGUAUGCAAAUAUAUUAUACAAAUUCUCAUAUUAUCAGUGGAAAGGUAAAAAAUUUAAGCGUGGGGUAUUCAACAGGCGCGAAUUACAAACAUAUAACAAAGCAAGAAGUACCACGAGAAAGUGGCGAAUCAUCAAAUUACUGAAGCGCCUGAAAACUUCUUGGAUCGCUACGAAAAUUAGACGAAAAUUAGAUUGAUGUAGAAAAAUAAAGCCAAUAAUUUUUACCUUUCCAUAAGGAUAUAAAACUUUAAAACCUAAUUAGAUAUACACGACCCGUAAGCCUUGUCAUAAUUAAGGCUGAUUUGUAUUGACUUUGUGAAGUAAUGCGGAGAAAUGUAGAAAAGUUAUAUAUAUUGGAUUAAUACAGGUAAAUUGAGUAAUAACGCCUUUAACACUCUCCGCGUAUAUUACUCAAGCGUAGAGCACAUGAAGAUGUGCAAUAGGAUGAUAGAAACUGAUAAAUUGUAAUAUAAUUGUUCCUAUAUGGUUGUAUAAUUGAAUAUAAUGCCCUAGUAAACAAAUUUAAUUACGAACUAAGCAGCGAAAUAACUACUAUUGGGUGUGGGGUAAUAGACCAAAUACGACAGUAGAAAAUGACUUUGAAAAGUUUACGCGGUAGGUAUAAAAAAAACUAAUUCUUGGGCAGUAACUUUUUUAAGCUGUCAUGGAAUUGUUAGAUAGAGUUAGUUGGAACUGAAAGCUGCGAGCUUAUGAAGAACUCGAUAUAAAAGGCAGAGUUCCAUAUAAUAGAUUAAGGACUGGCUGGCAAUUGCCACACGGUUAAAAUAACGAAAAACAAUACUGUUGUCAGUAUUGUUCCAUAUUACUGAUAUUGUCUGACCAGUUUCUAAAUUAUGUGGCAUAACGAUUGUGUAUCACAAUUAAUCAAUUUGUGUAACAAUUUUAUAUAUUAACACAUUCGCAUAAGUUAACUAUCUAGUUACGCGGAUUCACAGUUAUGCGGCAAAGUUUUUGGAAUACCAGUGAAAUUAUGACGCGUUUACACAACGUCGAUGAGUCGUUCGAAGUUGACCGAGUCGACUAGGUGUAAUCACUGUCAGGCGACUCGGCCGCCGUCGACAAGCGAAACGAAGGCCAGAAAAACAAGAUUUCCCAUAGAUUAUCUUAUCGAGAUAUACCCGAUAAAUUUGUUUAACGUUUCGAACUAUUUUUUGUGUCUCCGAGCGUAAACAAGUAUUUAUAGUGAUUCCGGCAAAGGUGACCGUCGACUCGGUUAAACAGCGAGUCGACUACAGCGCCUUUGGUAGUCGAAUUCACUUGCCGAAGAGGCGGCAGUUGACGCAGUGUAAACAGCAAGUCGUCAAGGAGAAGUAGUCUGCCGAAGGCGGUAGUUGACCCUGUGUAAACACGCCAUAUUUUUUCUAAGAUACAUUGAAGAUAUUUAAAACAAUAUAUCAUACAAUUUUGAAUAUUUGCCACCAGUGAUUUCCAGAAAUUUUAACGCCAAGUAAUUCUGACUCAUAAACCUUUGACCUGGCGUAAGUAGUUAGUCGUAUUAGGUACUAACUUACGAAGGUAACCAACAAUAUUAUUUUAAUAUAGAUAUUGUUAUUAGAAUAGAUGGAUCUUAGAGGCCAAACGAGGCAAAUAAAGAUGACUAAAUAGGCUUAUGAAAUUAGUAAAACGACAAUGUUUAAAAACAAUAUUAUGUAGACAUUGUUGUCGUGGUAAUUGUCUUUAUUUCCUUUCUAUAAUUUUACAUCAUAAUAUGUUUGUUUAGUCGUGUGAAAGAUACUGAUGUUAGUCGAUUGACGGCGCAUUUUUAAAGCGAAUAUCAUCUGAGAAGUCUGAUGCGACCGAACAAAAUGAAAGUAUAAGGAAAGCAAGUGGAGGUCCGUAAUCUCUGCUUGCCCCAGUGGUAGAAUGUCGUAAAAGUACUGUAUGUAUGUAUUAUAUUUUAGUCAUUUAAUAAAAACUCGAAAACACAGCCAACUUUUAAGUAGUUAUGUCCUUAGACCAGUAGAGAAUUCAAACUCUGUGAAAUUCAAAUACCUGAAUAAAUCUAAGUUAGUAAAUGUUUUAUGUAUUAAAAAAUAUGCUGUGAUUAGUAUUUCCGAUUUUGUUUUGGGAAAAGAUAUAUAAGAAGCCGCACUUACACAUACGCUCUACAGUAAGCUCUGUCUUAAUAAAGCUAUCUCAAGUACACGAUUAAUUAAUUUCAAGUCGAUUGUUUUAAUUAAAUCAUAUUAAUGAUUACUCCUUAAUUAUGUAUUUGCUAGUGGUUAAAAUUUCCGUUUAUAAACGUCACUCAGCACUCAAGUCAUGGCUUAAGAUCGUUACAAUUAUACCAGAAUCUCGUGACACUAAAUAACGGAAAAAAUCGUACGACUUUCACCUGGCGAUGUUAACUUGUCACAUGUCAACUCAAAAUAUGAAUUGUGUCUGUAGAACUAUUGUAAAGCGCGAUUGCAUCGAUACACUCGCUUAUGUUGAAUAAUUAUGUACGAAUAAUCGGUAUAGGUUUAUGCACAAUAUUUUGUUUUGUUCAUUGUAAAUUUAAAAAUGAAAU